GUCCAGUUUCUGGCACAUUUUGGGUGGAACACCCUUGGAAGAAGCGCUCUGCUAUCACAAUCAAUUGUACGAUCGCUACGGAAACAAGUAAAGUGCAUUUAAUUGAUAAGCGACAUAUGACGCGACGGAUGAUAUACAUGGGCAGGUUGUCACAGUCCAUUGACGGUGAAACAUCGACCGUUGAGAGUCACCAGUCGCGUUUUAUCCCUCCGUACGGACGAAACCAUUUUGGGCCAAGCCCCCGUUUUCAACCACAAACGGUGGUCAUUCGAUCGGUGCGUGUUCCUCUAUCCCUGUGUCCAGGGAUACGGUUGGCGAAGGCGUGUGUUUGUUUACCCAAUUGAUUGAAUUUCGAUUACCGAAAGGAUCGUGGUUCAAAACCGAACCACCAAACACUUCCCCAAGUGUAAUGUGAUUAUCGAUCCCGUUCCGAUUCCGACAUUCCGACGGUUUUGUGUAGGGUUGCAGGUGUCAAAAUUGACCUCGUAUCAUUAAACUCCACUUCCGGAAGGUGGACCGCUGGGAGGGUGGAACCCAGUGAAUGUGAUAACAAAAAGCACACCCGCACAGUGGAAAGUUAUUGAAAAGCGAUUGCAUCACCCGAGUCGGGUAUUGCACGGGAGUGCAGAAUGAAGAACAACGGUACCAUGAACUACUUCACCGAAUCGUCCGACGAGGAUGACGAGGAGACGGUCAUGAUCAAAAAAGUCCAGCAGGACAACAAACUAUGGGACUCGUUCCAGGAUCCGCCAGUACCGCAGACAUCCGGUUCCGCUGCCAGCCGGGAGUAUCUGGUCGUGUUCAUCAAAGGGCUGAAGGUGUUUACCUAUAUCUUCGUGUUUCUCGUUAUACUGGCCAGUGCGUGCUUUGCCAAGAUGUCCUUCCUGCUGAUGGUAUCCAACAUCAAGGAUGGUACCAAGAAUCGUUACUGUGACGUCCGGCAACCUGACAAACAAUUCGAAGCGUAUAUUCCACGCGAACAACGAGUGGCCUGGAUGUGGGCGAUUGUGUUCUCCUUCGCCGUUCCCGAGAUUGGGACCUUUAUCCGGGCGUCACGCAUUUGCUUCUUCAAGAACAUUCCACGUCCAUCCUGGGGACAGUUGCUGAUGGUUACGGUGAUGGAAAGUUUCCAUGUGAUUGGAUUGGCGAUCCUGGCGUUUCUUGUUUACCCGAACCUGGACGUCGUUAAAGCAGCCAUGCUGACGAACUGUGUCUGCCUAGUACCGGCCAUUGGAGGGCUGCUAUCCCGUUCGCCCAAGGAAUCCAAGCUGGCGUUCAAAUACGUCUUCGAUCUGCUUGCUAUCAGUGCCCAGCUUACCGGUUACGUUGUGUGGCCACUGCUCAGCAACCAGUUUGAAUUGUGGUUCAUUCCUGGAGCCAUUUUUCUCGUAUCGUGCCACUGGUGGGAAAACUACCUUUCUCAGAAAAGUCUUCUGCGACCAAUCGCUUCAUUUGCCGCUAUACGUGAAAAAUUAACCGACUGUCGAUACCAAACCUACCUACUGAUCGCACCAUACAAAAUUUUUCUCUUCCUUGGGGCCUGCAUUUAUCUCUCGGAACAAUCGGUAUCCGAUUUCUUCGGGAUGUUCACCAGCGGCUGGGGUAAUCAUACAAUUACAGUACGCGAGAUGGAAGCCGUGCUGAACGAAAAGUUUCCUGACCUCUCGUCCAUCACGUCCGAUCUGGAGGUUCAUGAAAUUUUCCCCACAAGCAACGCCAUCAUCUGGACCACCCUCACACACAUACUGUGUGCGUACCUGUGUUACAUUUUUAGCAAAUUUGCAUGCAAAAUUCAAAUCCAAAGUUUCUCGAUGGCGUUUCCGAUUAACCUAACAGUUCCAGUUUCUGUCACCUUGUUGCUUGUGUUUUGUGGUCUACGAGAAGCGGAUGUCUGUGCGUUCGAUAACAUCUUACCGGAUUAUAUCUUUUUCCGCAUGCCACCGAUCUACUAUCUGUUUGAUUACGUGGUGAAUGAAUUUUCCUGGCUGUGGUUAUUGUGGCUGCUAUCGCAAACCUGGAUCACACGUCAUCUUUGGAUGGCGAAAAGUGAUCGAAACGCUUCGACGGAGAAACUGUUUGUCACACCGAUGUAUAAUAGUCUCCUAAUAGACCAAAGCGUUGCCAUGAAUCGGCGACGAGAGGAUCAGGAAGAUUUUGUCAAGAAAAUUGAUAUGGUGAAAGUGAAAGACACCGAAAAGGCGAACGAAAUCGAUGCGAAGGCUAGUGAAGGAAAGGACGACCGGAUUAAGCCGUACGAUCGCAUCCCACAGAUCUUCAUUUGUGCCACCAUGUGGCACGAAAACAAGGAGGAAUUGAUGGAGUUCUUAAAGUCCAUCCUUCGACUCGACGAAGAUCAGUGCGCACGGCGGAUGGCAAUGAAGCACAUUCAGGCAAACAAGGAUGACAUCGAUCCGGACUAUUACGAUCUUGAAACUCAUAUUUUCUUCGACGAUGCCUUCGUCAAUGACAAAUCCAAGUGCGAGAGUGCCGAUGCUUCUCCACUAAACUCUUACGUGAAAACACUUAUCAACCACAUAGAAGAGGCGGCUUUGGAGGUGUACAAAACCAAGAUGCGUGUGUAUCCACCCACCAAAAUAGUGACACCUUACGGUGGUCGCCUUAUCUGGACACUGCCCGGGCGGACGAAAAUGAUUGCACAUCUGAAGGACAAGAACAAGAUACGACAUAAGAAACGCUGGUCGCAGGUCAUGUACAUGUACUACCUGCUCGGUUAUCGGAUCAUGCAGCUAAACACAUCUCCGGAGCGAAAGAUGGUCAUCGCACAAAACACAUACCUGUUGGCCCUUGACGGGGACAUUGAUUUUCAGCCGAAUGCCGUCUCGCUGCUGGUCGGUCGUAUGAAGGUUGAUCCUGAUCUUGGUGCGGCAUGUGGACGCAUCCAUCCGGUCGGUACGGGACCAAUGGUAUGGUAUCAAAUCUUCGAAUAUGCCAUUGGUCAUUGGCUGCAGAAGGCUACGGAACACGUGAUCGGUUGCGUGCUGUGUUCUCCCGGCUGUUUCUCGCUCUUCCGCGGUCGGGCACUGAUGGAAAACUCGGUCAUGAAGAAGUACACCACCAAGUCGGAUCAGGCACGACACUACGUACAGUACGAUCAGGGCGAAGAUCGAUGGUUGUGUACGCUGCUGUUGAAACAAAAGUUCCGCGUCGAGUAUUCGGCCGCCUCCGACGCCUACACUCAUGCCCCGGAAGGAUUCAACGAGUUCUACAAUCAGCGCCGUCGCUGGGUUCCCUCAACAAUAGCCAACAUUUUCGAUCUGCUGGCCGAUGCGAGUCGUGUCGUUAAGACCAAUAACAGCAUUUCGAUGCCGUACAUUGUUUACCAAUGCAUGCUCAUGUUCGGUACGAUCCUCGGCCCGGGCACGAUCUUCCUUAUGAUGGUGGGAGCGCUAGUUGCCGUGUUUCGUAUCGACAUCUGGACCUCGUUCCUAUGGAAUGGCGUUCCACUCGCCGGGUUUAUGGCCAUCUGUUACUGGAUGAAGCAAAAGUACCAACUGAUUGCGGCCUUCUUCAUAUCGGCCAUUUACUCGCUCGUCAUGAUGGCCGUGCUCGUCGGUAUCAUCGUGCAGGUGAUGGAGGACGGUAUACUUGCACCAUCUUCAGUGUUUUUCCUUGCCGUUGCACUUCAAAUCGUUAUCACCGGGCUGCUUCAUCCGCAAGAAAUGGAAGCUUUGCCGGCGGGACUCGUCUACUACAUUACUAUUCCUUCCAUGUACAUGUUGCUCGUCAUCUACUCCGUGUUCAACAUGAACGACGUUUCCUGGGGAACUCGCGAGAAUCCCGUGGACGCUGCCAAGAAGGCACCACCACCGACAGCCGCACCGCCGGGGAAGAUGCAGAAAAUUCUUGGCUAUCUCCGAUCGCCCGAUAAGGAGGAGAAUGGUUCAAUUGAUAUCUCCAUCAAUGGACUGUUUCGCUGUUUGCUCUGCACGCACCCAAAGGCCAGUGCCGAAAAAGAGCAGAUCGCUCAAAUUGCUGCAUCUCUCAGUGAAAUAAGUGUGAAAAUGAAGGCACUGGAAAUGAAAUUAACCGGCAACGUCAGCGUAAUGAGAUCAGACGAUGAAGAUGAUGACAUCGGCAGUCUCGAUAUGCAUCGUCCGGAAGGUAGCCGCGGCCCGUCCUCGCCUUCCUCAACCUCCGGCGCUACGUCACCGAUCCAGACGGUGAAAAAUGAUUCGCUGGAAGAGCCUGAGAAGCAGAUUAACUAUCUUCCGGAUUGGUUGUACGAUGUGGACCUGAAAAAUGGUGAUACUGAAACGAUAUCUGCCUCGGAAGAACUGUUCUGGAUUGAGCUAAUCGAGAAGUAUCUCAAACCACUCGAUCUGUCGGAGAAACAGAAGGAGGAGAUGAAGUCACAGCUGAAGGGCUUGCGCGAUCUGGCCGUGUUUGCCUUUGUGAUGGCUAACGCACUCUUUGUGCUGGUCAUCUUUCUGCUACAGUUGAAAAAACAAGAGCUACACGUCGAGUGGUGGUUCAACGUAAAGAACAAGAUCAGCUUUGACGAGAGCACCGUUGAGAUUAUGAUUCGCCGUGAGUACCUCGAGCUCGAACCGAUCGGUCUGGUGUUUGUGCUGUUCUUCGGUUUGAUCCUCAUCAUCCAGUUUAUCGCGAUGUUGAUGCAUCGUUUCGGAACGAUCUCGCAGAUCCUUGCUUCGACCGAGCUGAAUUGGUAUUGCUCGAAGAAGGCAAAGGACAUGUCGCUCGAUGCGGAACUGCGCGAGAAUGCGGUCGAGAUUGCACGCCGUCUGCAACGUCCCAAACCACAAUGGGAUGAGGAAGAUCUGGAAGACGAACAGAAAGCUAUUGGACGACGCGAUACGAUCCAUCGCAUACUGUACCAGCACAAGAACAAACAGGAUUGGAGUAAUCUGGAAGCGAACUUCAAGCGCAACUACUACAAGGAGGGUGAACUGGACUUGGGCCACCGACUCACACUUAGCCGCAAAACGCUCAACGUACUCGAUACGCGCCGCAAAUCGAUGGCCGAACAGCGUAAGAUCCGAAAAUCGAUCAUCCGAGGCCAGAACCCGUACGACUCGGGUGGAGAUCUUUGGUAUCCGGACGAACCACCAAAUCAGCAGAAUUCUCCCGGAUCUCGAUCGUACAGCGAAGGAGAUGGUGGAGGCAAUCGGAAGCGUAGCAGUACCAACCGUGGAGGUCGCCAGCCGUCCAACAACGGUCUCGGUGCCGGAGGUCGUACCAACUUUGCGUACCAAGUUGAUGACGAUUUCGACGAUAACUUCUCCGAUGAUGACACGCGCGAAGGCAUGCAAUACCGCCGACCGACGGUGGAACUAGAGAUGGCCGAACGGGCAAACCGACCACCAAAGAAUCGAAAGAGCCGUGUUGCCUUCGCCUAAACAUAGUUGCUUACUUUAACCGGGCAAAACUUGCAAUAGGGGGAAAAAGGUAAAAGACACCGAAAGUAACAAAUUACUGCUCAUGAGGUUCCUGUUGAGUUGACGCAAACUUCCGACACUGCAGUGGAUGCGGUUAAGAUGGUGCCCCCUUAACUCCGAGAUUCUAGCGCCAGUGAAACGAGUCAACAAACGAAGAACAAAAACGUCCCAACGAAAAAUGUUGGGAGGAGAGUGCCGGGCGAGGAGAAACUAUCCACCCAAAACGAAACUUUCUUCGGUGCAAGAUGAGCUUUACCGAGCGACAACAAAACAACACAACACAAAAAACCGGUGGAUAUUUCGCUACUCGACGAGAAAUGAUGAAGGAACCGGAAGAUUAUAGCUCAACACGAGUGGAACGAGCUUUCGGUUAAGAGUGCCAAACCAGAAGCGUUGAGCAGUUUCUCAUUUUCACAAACUAUUUGACUGCAGGCCAGCGAAGACUAGCAGUACCAGCACAUACAUACCACACCCACGAAGCGUUACAACGACCUCCUAGCUAUCGUUUACCCCACUCUCGGAACGAUUUUUCACUGUACGAUCUAAGGAAGGAAAUUUAAUCACUUCUACAAAUGAUUAUCAUAAUAAACUUUGCUUCUAGUGCAA